CAUACCUCCGACCCUAGUGAGGAUAAGCGGCAAAGAAAGUUGAUGGAUGGAUGGAUGGACGGAUGGAUGGGUUUAAUGAGUAUAAAACAGUUUGGGGCUGUUAAAGGAACUGGUGACCUCUGGUGGUUGAAAGUAACAAUGACAAGCGAGUAGCCCUCAGACGACAUUUAUCUGAUAUUAGGAAUUGUUCUUGUCUAUCACAUCCUAAAAAAAACCCAAAACAAAUGUGAGACUUCGGACCUACAUUUGGUGAAAGGACAUGCAGGCAGAGGAACUCACUUCAAGUCAGAAGAUGGGACUGCUGGAAGUAUUUCUCCAGGCGGACAGCUGUGUCCCCCUGUUAGGCGCUGUGGCGGUCCUGCUGCUGGUCUACUUUGCUUCAUCCACAUUAAACUAUAGGGGGGCCAGCAAUGAGCCUCCGGGACCGCGACCACUUCCUUUGCUGGGAAACCUGUUGCAGCUGGACCUGAAGAGACCCUACAACACGCUGGUGGAGCUCUCCAAGAAGUAUGGCCCCGUGUUCACCGUCUACCUGGGGUCCAAGAAGGUGGUGGUUCUGGCCGGCUACCAGACGGUGAAGGAGGCGCUGGUCAACCAUGCAGACGAGUUUGGAGACAGAGACCCCUUACGCGUGGUGACGGAGUACAACAAAGGACACGGGGUCUUAUGGAACAAUGGAGACUCAUGGAAGGAGAUGAGACGCUUCGCUCUCACCAACCUGAGAGACUUCGGAAUGGGUAAGAAGGCGUGUGAGGACAAGAUCAUUGAGGAAAGCCAACACCUCAUGGAGGUCUUCAGGAAGUUCAAGGGAGAAUCCUUUCAUACCACUCAGCCCAUCAACUAUGCCGUCUCCAACAUCAUCUCCUCCAUCGUUUAUGGAAGCAGGUUUGAGUAUGACGAUCCAGAGUUCACAGCCAUGGUGGACGGGAUGAACCGGAAAAUCCAGCUGGCCGGCUCGCCCUCAGCUCAGGUCUUCAACAUGUUCCCGUGGCUCGGCAAGAUGCUGCCACAGAUCAAGGAAUUCUUCCGUCUAACCGAGGACUACAGCAGGAAGAAUCUGGAAAUAUUCCACCGUUUGAAAGAAAGCCUCAACCCGCUGAUGUGCAGAAGCUUGGUGGACGCUUUCUUUGUCCGCAAGCACCAGCUGGAGGAGUCUGGCAUCACCAAGAGUCACUUCCAUGAUGAAAACCUGAUGUGGACGGUACAGAACCUCUUUGCUGCCGGCACUGACACCACGGCCACCACGCUGAGGUGGGCUCUUCUCCUCAUGGCCAAGUAUCCAAACAUCCAAGAGCAGGUCCGUGAGGAGCUGAGCAGGGUGAUCGGGGACCGCCAGGUCCAGGUGGAAGACAGGAGGAACCUGCCCUUCACGGAUGCCGUCAUCCAUGAGACCCAGAGGGUGGCCAACAUCACCCCCAUGGCGCUUCCUCACAGGACCAGCCAGGACGUCACCUUCAAGGGGCACUUCAUCAAGAAGGGGACCACCGUCUAUGUCCUCCUUAUGUCUGUCCUGCACGAUGAGGAGCAGUGGGAGAAGCCACGUUCCUUCCAUCCUGGCCACUUCCUGGACAAGGAUGGGAACUUUGUCAAACGAGAUGCCUUCAUGCCUUUCUCUGCAGGUCGACGUAUCUGCUUGGGGGAGAGUCUGGCCCGCAUGGAGCUCUUCAUCUUCUUCGUCACGCUCCUGCAGCACUUCCGCUUCACCCCUCCCCUGGGGGUCUCUGAGGACCAACUGGAUCUGACCCCGCGGGUGGGAUUCACUCUCAGCCCGACCGACCAUGAGCUGCGAGCUCUCUGCAUGUAGUGUUUCAUGUACGCCUUUACCUACUUAAUGUAGUGUUUCAUGUACGCCUUUGCCUACUUAAUGUAGUGUUUCAUGUACGCCUUUACCUACUUAAUGUAGUGUUCCAUGUACACCUUUGCCUACUUAAUGUAGUGUUUCAUGUACGCCUUUACCUACUCAAUGUAGUGUUCCAUGUACGCCUUUGCCUACUUAAUAUAGUGUUUCAUGUACACCUUUGCCUACUUAAUAUAGUGUUUCAUGUACGCCUUUGCCUACUUAAUGUAGUGUUUCAUGUACGCCUUUGCCUACUUAAUGUAGUGUUUCAUGUACGCCUUUGCCUACUAAAUGUAGUGUUUCAUGUACGCCUUUGCCUACUUAAUGUAGUGUUUCAUGUACACAUUUGCCUACUUAAUGUAGUGUUUCAUGUACGCCUUUGCGUACUUAAUGUAGUGUUUCAUGUACGCCUUUGCCUACUUAAUGUAGUGUUUCAUGUACGCCUUUGCCUACUUAAUGUAGUGUUUCAUGUAAGCCUUUGCGUACUUAAUGUAGUGUUUCAUGUACGCCUUUGCGUACUUAAUGUAGUGUUUCAUGUACGCCUUUGCCUACUUAAUGUAGUGUUUCAUGUACGCCUUUGCCUACUUAAUGUAGUGUUUCAUGUCAUUCAAAUGACAUUCAAACGCCAACAAAUGAAGAAAUCAUUUUAACAUUAAGACAAUGAAUCACCCUCAAAUGAACCUUUGACCCCCUGAAAGGUGAAAAAUGUGAAAAAAAAGAAGCUAAGGUCUCCUAUGUUGAUUUUUAUGGAAUCAUCUAUUUUGUCACUUGUGAUUCUUAUUGGAUGAUUAAAUAUGUGUAUUAUUCAGUUUGAAUAUC